AUGAAAUUCAGGGCGAAGCUGGCGCCAGAACAAGCAUCACUAUUGUACCAAUUGAUCGGUCCUAUUUCGCGCAUUGCCUCGUCGUCCUCCAAUGAUCAGUUGCAUACGGCGUCCGCGUCUUCUUGGAUGAAAAAUAGUUGCAUGUUGUAUCUGGAUGAAAUGGUGAUGAGGCUUUCUGCUAAAGGCAAGAUGACCGAUACGGACGGUAUUGCAUGUUUUGCCGAGCUACAGGCUGGUGGUGGAAUAUUUUUCGAACAUCGGAUCGAAAGUAAUGCUACAAACAACGCCAUUGUCAUGGAACUUGACUUGGUUCAAAUGCGUACCGCCUUGCAAUCUAUCCAACAAGACCGGAGCUCUCUUUUUCAAGCCGACACGCUUUUAUCACACGAGGUCUCGUUGGAGCAUCAGUACACAGUUCUGAAGCUGGCCAAACGUAACAAUAUUCCAUGUCUUUGUCUGGAUGCAUACACAAGCUCAGCUUCAAAUGGAGGAAUGGUUAAAGUUCACCAUGCAAUUCCUGUUCGUGUCUGUCGAGUAGCGGAAAUGCAAUACCAUUUUCCACCCCAGGUUUCAUUACCGGAUGUCCAGCUUGAAUUAAUGCACGAAAAUGGGAACAAACAACCGCUUCGUACCAUCGUGGAACGGCUACGUCCUAUCGCAUCCACUGUCCUACUGAAAGGCAACAUGAAAACUGGAGAUCUGACUUUAAGCGUUGACACGGAUGGUGCCUCAAUACGAACCUUCUUUCAUCGACUUAUACCUCGCCCUGACGCCUGUAAAGAAAACACGACAAACAUUUGCGAAGUCAAAAUUGAAACCAAGAAGCUCACUUCCUGUUUACAGUGGCAGCAAAAUACCAACUUAGCAUCAUCGGCACUAUUGUGUCUCGUUGAGAACGAAGUAGUAGUCUUGCAUGUUACAUUGAGUCCUCGAUCUGUGGGUUUCUUUACAUACUAUGUCCCGGUACAUUUCUUGUCCAGUGAUCCAUGUGAGGAUUGA